AUGGAGUCACUCGCCGAUGUUGGUCUCGUAACCGUACAGCGGUUUAAGCUUCUUGAAGAAGUAAAACAGCUGGACUUGGUCACAAGCCAAAUGCAAGAAUGGCCAGCGAAUUUAUUUCGUGCCCAGUUUGACCGAUUUGAACUUUGGGCGGUAAAUCUUGGCCUGUUUGUUAUGGGCCAUGGAUCGCUAGACUAUAGAAUUCGCGAUUCUGAAAGCAUGAGAGAGAGCAUUUAUAAGAUGAUACAAAAUCUAAACAGAUCUCUCGAUGAUGUCCUAGAUUAUGUCAAUGGCAACACCGACCAGGGGGGCGAGGACUCCGAUACAGACUCCGAGCUUGAAUCGGAUACUGAUCUGCUGCUUGGUAGCAUCAAAGACCCCAUUGAUCGCUUAUACAAGCUGGCCGUUUGGAUCCGCAAUCCUGCAACAAGGCUGACGUCUUCUAAAGCUCGAAACUACAAGCAGAUUGAUGAAUAUUCCAACAUAGACCUAUUCGAUUCUUAUAAGAAUCAUGACUACGAUUAUGUUAGCUCUCUCUUUUUAGAGUAUGAGAAGCAUAGAGCUUUGCAAGAAAGCACACCAGUCGAAUGCGAAGAAAAAGCUUCAGUUAGUGGCGAUGCAGAAGUUGACAGCAGUGACCAUGUCUGGGAGCCUAUCCAAGGCGUCUUGAGUCUUUACAAGGACAAAGUAUCAAAGGGCGCCGAAUCAUAUCUUGUUCAGCGCAUAGCCCGGGCCAACGGACGCAGGCGACAGCAAUUUGCUUAUUGGAAAAAACAUAAAGACAAACUUCGCGAACAUGCGUCGAACUUUGUGGAAGCUCCUACGCGCCAACUCAUCGAUGAAGAGCAUAUCAUCAACGGCCAUAUGGGCGAGACAAAGACACCUUUAUCAGUCACAACAGCUACCCAAUUACGGCUCGCACAGGCUGCUGGACAAGAUAUUCUUGAAAAAGAGGGCGUGCUUAAGCUUGACGUCUCUGAGUAUGCUCCAUCCGCGUGGAAUCCUAGCAAGGAUACUGUCAGCUUUCCUCCGCCGCCCACAAUCUCUACAUCUGACAGCUUUUUCGAAUGUCCAUAUUGUUUUACCAUUUGCCCUAUUUCUCUUCUGUCAGAGAAAGCGUGGAGGGCUCACGUCAUACGCGAUUUGCGGCCUUAUGUUUGUACUUAUGAGCAAUGCCUAAACUCUGAGCAGCUGUAUGACACUCGUGACGACUGGAUUCAGCAUGAGAUGUCUACGCACCAAAGGGUAUUCCGCUGUUUCGAACACGAAGAAGAAGUAUUUCCUACAUUGGCAGCAUAUGAAGGACAUGUUCAGGCUUGUCACAAACACAACGCAGUCUCUGCAAAGUUUGCAACCUCAACUAUGAAACAUGUCCAUCGAAGCUGUCCUGUUUGUUCGGUAGCGCUGAGGUCGAUGCAAAAGCUACAAAGCCAUAUCGCUCUUCACCUCGAGCGAUUUGCCAUGUUUUCCUUACCGCGACAUACAGAGGGUUCUGAGGACAGAGAGACUGGUAGCAACGUAUUUACUGAUCACUCAGAAAAUGAGGAGUCUUUUAAAAUAGAUCUAGACCUGGAAUCGAAUGUCGCUGAUGAGUCCAGGGACAAUCAACCCAUGCCUCCAACCAGUAUGAAGAGUGGAAUCCCUUCCAUCUUCACUGAGGACGAAAGCAGCGAUGAAGACAGAAAGGUGCUGCAUUGUGCAGUCUCCGGGUGCAACAAGACCUUCAAGUUCUCCAAGGAGCUUUCAUAUCACAAGGUCACUGAUCACGAAAUCUACAAGAAAGCAUUGUUCUGUGAGUUCUGCAUCGGAGCUGGUUCUAUGACUGACACGUCCUUCCCCGAUCCGGAUUACUGGAUGAGACACCUGAGAGAUAGCCAUCAUAAGUGUACCACUUGCUACAAGACCUUCAGGAACGAUCAAGCCUUUAAUGAUCAUCUGAAUCAUUGUUCGGGGCCUCCGCUACGGGAAGAGGGCAUUGCGCGCACGAACCUGAAGGAGUCCCGCGUCGACCGCCUCCCCCUUCAAGACUCGAAAAGCCACGAUGAGGAGGACCUUGAACACGAAGCCCAGAUACAGCGUCUGGCUGCGCUCAUGAAGGAUCUGGACACCGCCGGAGGAAGCCGCCGAAGCCGCGUCGUCUAUGACGAUAGCACUUAUCGGUACGACGAUUCUCCUAAACAAGUCCAGGAUGGUACGCAUCCGCAACUGGAGUCUACGGCUCCCUCAGUUCAUUCAGAAUUCGAACUCACAGAGAACACUCCACCGGUUUCUGAGGCGCUUCUGCCCAUCUACAGCCAGCUCCUAACUCUUAAAAAAAAUCUCUUCAGAGUUAGAAACACUGGUGGCGUCUCUGCAGGCAGUAGAGAGCUUUUACCUUACAACAUGAAGCUUAACUCUAUCGAUAACCAAAGGGUAGAGGGCAAGUUUGUUGUUGAUGGCGAUGUUCCUGAAGGCCAAGACCGUGUCAAUGAGCUCCUUGCCGAGUGUUUCGACCUCAGCCACGAUAUGAGGGCCAAAGCAGGCACACCAGAGCACUCACCCCAGCCCGUGUCUGGUAACUCUGUCGCUAGCGACUAUCUUGAUGCCGACCGUCACGAUGAGAUGGCUCAAAUCGCAAUUUCGAGCCGCCAGGAGUUGGCUGGCAGAGACAAGCAAGUAACUAAUUAUACAAAUAAAGUAAAAAGCCAUUUCCAGGAUAAGCCUGAGAUUUAUGAACGAUUUCUCGACAUCUUACAAGUCCAUCAGAGAGAACAAAGCCAGGCACAAGAUCUUGUCUCUCAAGUGACUACCAUCUUUGACUCGGCACCUGAGCUCUUGGAGGACUUUAAAACGAUCGUUUCGAAGCUUAACAGCGGUGUAUCCGAUUCAGAAGAUAAACAGCGCCGUGGCGCCGUCGAAUUUAACGACGCGAUUAGAUACGUUAACAAAGUCAAACUCCAUUUCCAUGACAAGCCUGAGAUUUAUGAACAAUUUCUCGAGAUUGUAAAUACUUGGCAAAGAGAAAAACAUCCAGUCAAGGAUAUCUACACCCAGCUUGGGACACUCUUCAAUUCUGCACCUGAAUUGUUUGAGGAAUUUGACAUAUCAUAUUUAGAGCAAGGUGCAGCUGCUGGAUCCAGCUACACCUCUCAGCUACACAAAUCUGCUCACAUGGGGAGUUCUCCUGAGCAAGUCAAGGAUGGUACGAAUCUGCAAGAGGAGCCUCAAAUCCCUCAAAUGGACAAUCAUGACGACGAUGAAUCAGAAAAUCGGGAUGGACUCUCAACAACUGAAAAAUUUAACUCACUGGAAGUGGCCGAAGCCGCCAUGGCAUCUGGAGAACUCCCCCAAACUGUCUUGGAGAACUCUGAGAAUAUCAUACAGUCGAAGCCUCUUUUAGUAGGCAAGAGCAGCGAACUGGUCCAGCCGGCUCUACGGGGCCACGAUCGGCCCUCAAGCAUGCCUGGUAGCCCUCAAGAUGCCAAGGCCGUUUCCUCUGAUUCCAAUCCAGAGCAUGCCCAACACCUCCUUUCGGACGUCCAACCUCCUGCCGCUAGUGUUGAAAGCGAUGCCGGAUCUAAAUCUGGCCACAUGGGGAGUUUGACUGAGCGUGCCGCGGAGUGGACGGAUGAGGACGAAGCUACACUAACCCAAACCGUAAGAGAAGCAAAGAAACUAGUUGAAGAAGAAGUAGAAACGUUUGGCCUUAUGUGGAGAUCACUGGACAACGAUGUUGAGAGAGAAAUUGAAUUGGAGAAUGAAGAUGGGCAUGGCGGAUCAGAAGCACUAGACUUGGCACGGAAAAUGGGAUUUGACAGGUUGGAAGUUGAAACGCUUAAAGAUCAGUUCGACAAGGAAACCUUAAGCGGAAUGAAAAUCGAAAGGGCGCGAGACCUGUCAACUAAAAUCAGAUCCUGGGAUUUGAUUUACGUGCAAAAGGUCAUAAAAGAUAUACAAGCGAAUCGGGAAAAGCGGGAAGCGAAAAGGGAACUGGAGAAGCUUGAAGCAGAGCAUAAAGCGGCUGUUGAUGAGCUUGACAGAAAGUCAGCGGCAUUGGAAGAAGCCAAAAGAAAGGCAAAUGAAGCUGAUGAGAAAGGAGGAGCAGAACCAGCCCCCAUCAAGUUUAAAGAUGCUGUCGGCCGAAAGUUUAGCUUCCCCUUUCAUUUGUGUAACACUUGGCCGGGCAUGGAAGAAUUGAUAAAGCAGGCGUUUCUGCAUGUCGAUGUUAUAGGACCUCACGUCCAGGAGGGCCACUAUGACUUGAUUGGCCCUAACGGCGAAAUCAUUCUCCCAGUUGUUUGGGACAGAAUAAUUGAGCCGGGCUGGGAUAUCACUAUGACCAUGUGGCCCCUUGAUAAAGCUCCGCCUGUCAGUGGCCCUAAACUGCCUCCGGGGAUGCCAUCAUUAUCGCCGAGGCCGGAUAGUCAUGGUCCUCCGCCGCCGACGAUUGGAAUUCCACCGCUCGGUCGACCACGGCCUGGUAUCCCAGGGAUGCCAAUGCCGCCUCCGCCUCCACGUGGGCCACCAGGUAUAUCUCCCAACAUUAAGAUAGUGAACGCUGCGCCACAACAAAAGAAGAAGAGCAGCUCCAGCAGCCGCAAGCAAAACACUUCCAUGCUCAAUUUCUUAUCUGGAAACGUCCCUGCCAAAAAGAAGGGACCCAAAAGGGAAUCAGACAAGGAUGAUCCUGGGUCCCCAAUUAGCCGUCCCGACAACAGAUCAGAUGGCGACGCAGAAAACAGCGGCGCAGAAAACAGCGACGCAGAAAACAGCGACGCAGAAAACAGCGAAGCGGAAAGGCGCAAUGCGGCGGAUACCGCUGUCAUUAACGCCGCUUCAAUACAGUUGGCCAACAUUGGUGCCGAGUUUCGAUUGAUAUUGCGCCCCUUAUGUUUGGACUACAUUGAUGCGCCCCCAAAAGACCCUAAGAAGCGGGAGGAUGAAUAUAAGAAAUUAUCUGAAAUUGUCAUACAGCGAAUUCUUUUGAAAUUGGAUAGCAUAGAAACUGAGGGCAUUCAUGAGAUUCGCCAGAAACGAAAAGAACUCGUUCGAGAAAUCCACGAGAUGCUCAAGCGACUGGACGCCGCAAAGGCAUCAUCGGAGGCGGAAGGUGAAGAUGCGGCUGAAAUGUCUGAGAAAGAAGAAGAGGAAGAAGAAGCGGAUGGAAGCGAGAGGGCGGCUCGAGUCCAACUACAGAAACUUGCGCAAGCUAACGCAGAUUUUUGGCCUAGCAUGCCUAACAAGCCCAUGGACAAGGCAGAUGAAACUCGAAAAGACGCAGACAUGAACAUAGAAGAUGUGGCCCGUUUGAAUGGUCGGAAUAGGCCACUGGAGACAGAUGGAAAAGUAAACUUGGAGGAAGUAGCUGUAAGAGAGGCUGAAGCAGUAGUCGCAGCCGCAGCAGGGACAGGAACCAACGACAGCGCUCCAGGAAUGAUAUAUAUACGGAGGUCUAAAAAGUCUAUGCGAGAGUAG